AAAGGGAGAGUGACUUGAAAAUAAAAUAAUUUUAGUAUUAAAAUAUAAAAUAUGAUUGAUACUAAAAUGGAUGAGAUGUAUGAAAACCUUUCAAAGUAUGAUACCGUAGAAAUUGGGUCGGUCGUAAAUCAAUACUUGUUCAUGGCUGAUCCGAAUUGUUGUGUCUCAAACUCAAACUAUAAAGUGUUGCUAUGUUUGAGUCUGUUGUGCACCGUCAUUGCCGAGGAUGGAGCGUAUAUGUCAAAACUAGCCGAAGCCUUGAGUCCAACGCCGUCAGGGUGGUCGGGAAGCAACUUCUGCGAAUGGAAGGGCGUCAUGUGCAGCACCAACGGCGUCACCGAAAUCAACCUCGCUUCAAUGUCCCUUAGUGGAACACUCCCUCCAGACCUCAACUCGCUCUCCCAACUCACUACCCUCGCUCUCGAAAACAACGCGCUCUCCGGCGCGUUGCCUUCACUCGCCAACCUUUCCAUGCUCCAAACUGUGAUCCUCGACGCCAACAACUUCACCUCCAUCCCCCAUGGUUGCUUCAAGGGUCUCACCAGCUUGCAGUCCCUCAGCAUGACCAGUAACAUCCACCUCGCUCCCUGGACGAUUCCCGCCGAGUUGACUCAGUCCACCAUCCUCGCUAACCUCGACCUCGCUAACACGAACCUCGUUGGCUCCUUACCUGAUGUGUUCGACUCGUUCGUGAGUUUGCAGGAACUUAGUCUCUCUUACAACAACCUCACUGGGGUCUUACCCAAGUCCUUCGCGGGAUCUGGGAUUACGAAUCUAUGGCUCAACAAUCAGAAGGACGGUUCUGGGUUUUCAGGUCCCAUUGACGUGCUUUCUAGGAUGACUCACUUGUCUCAGGUUUGGCUUCACAAGAACCAGUUCACUGGUCCCAUUCCGGAUUUGUCGAAUUGUACUAGUUUGUUUGAUCUGCAGCUUCGGAACAACCAGUUAACCGGUGUGGUUCCACCUUCUCUCAUGUCACUUAGAAGCCUUCAGAAUGUUUCUCUGGAUAACAACAAGCUUCAGGGUCUUGUUCCUUCCUUUGGGAAAGGUGUGCAGUUCACUCUCGACGGGAUCAAUAGCUUUUGUCGGAAAGAUGCUGGACCCUGUGAUUCUCGUGUCACCACCAUGCUUGAUAUUGCGAAGGAUUUCGGGUAUCCCCUUAAGUUGGCGAAUUCCUGGUCGGGGAAUGAUCCCUGUAAUGAUUGGAGUUUCGUUGUGUGUGCGGAGGGGAAGAUUAUUACGGUGAAUUUGGCUAAGCAGAAUUUGACGGGAACGAUUUCACCUACGUUUGCUAAUUUGACUGAUUUGAGGAACUUGUAUCUUAGUGAUAAUAAUUUGGAAGGUUCAAUCCCGGGGAGCUUGACGAGUUUAGCUCAGCUUGAGGUUCUGGAUGUGUCUAAUAAUAAUCUAUCCGGUGAUGUUCCCAAGUUCUCAAGCAAGGUGAGGUUCAAUGCUGCAGGUAAUGAUUUACUUGGGCGUUCUGGUGGUGGUGGCGGUGGAACUACACCGUCGAAGGGUUCUGGUGAUGCACCGAGUGGAAGUCCAAACGCGGGGUCGAGUGGUUCUUCACUUUCAUCUGCUUGGAUUGCAGGUAUAGUCAUUAUUGCUGUGUUCUUUGUUGUAGUCGUGGUAUUUGUCUUUAUAAAACGGCAUGGGAAAUUCGGAAGGGUUAAUAAUCUAGAAAGCAGAAAAGGACGUGUUCCAAGUUUUGAAGGUGAAAGUGUUACCAUGUCAAUCCAAGUUCUUCGGCAAGUAACGAAUAAUUUCAGUGAAGAUAACAUUUUGGGUCGGGGAGGAUUUGGAGUUGUUUAUAAAGGGGAAUUGAAUGACGGAACUAAAAUUGCUGUGAAAAGGAUGCAAUCUAGUGCAAUAGGAAGUAUGGGAAUGCAUGAGUUCCAAGCAGAGAUUGCAUUUCUCAGUAAAGUAAGGCACAGGCAUUUGGUGGCUCUUUUAGGAUAUUGCAUUGACGGCAACGAAAGGCUUUUGGUGUACGAGUAUAUGCCUCAAGGGACAUUAACACAACAUCUCUUCUAUUGGCGUGAAAAUGGUUGUACACCUUUGACUUGGAAACAAAGGGUGACAAUAGCUUUGGAUGUAGCACGAGGAGUCGAAUACUUGCACAGCUUAGCUCAGCAAAGCUUCAUUCACAGGGACUUAAAACCCUCAAACAUAUUAUUGGGUGAUGACAUAAGAGCAAAGGUUGCAGAUUUUGGUUUGGUUAAAAAUGCCCCAGAUGAUGGCAAGGAUUCUGUCUGGACUCGAGUGGCAGGAACAUUUGGAUAUAUGGCACCUGAAUAUGCGGCUACGGGAAGAGUGACGACCAAAGUAGACGUGUACGCAUUUGGAAUAGUUUUGAUGGAACUUAUUAGCGGUAGAAAGGCAUUGGACAAUACUGUGCAUGAAGAAAUGUGUCACUUGGGUUCAUGGUUCCGUAGGAUACUACUUAACGUGGAAAACAUCUCAAUGGCUACUGAUCAAACUCUGAACCUUGAUGAGGAAACCAUGGAGAGCAUAUGUAAAGUGGCUGAGCUUGCAGGCCAUUGCACUGCUCCUGAACCACAUCAAAGGCCGGAUAUGGGGCAUGCAGUCAAUGUCUUGGUUCCUCUUGUACAGCAGUGGAACCCUGCUGCCUCCACCCAUGAAGAAGAAGGUUGUGACAUGAUCUAUGAAGGCACUUAUUAUGACAUGUCCUUCUCAGAAAUUCUAUCAGGCCGCUGAGAUAAUGUUUUUAAUUUUGUAAUAUAUGGAUGCCCAACUCCCUUUAUAAGUUAAUUCAUUAAUAGAAAUAAUUGGUGUGCGAUGGUGAAAUAGAUUGCAGUGAGAUAAUAUUUACAGAACUAAUUGAAGGAUUAAAUAUUGUUCAAACAAACGUAGAGCUUAAACUAGACUAUAUAUACACAUCAGUAGAGUUAGUUGGUGGUUCAAUCUUUAUUAUCACUAUUUUUAU